GAUGUCAGUUAAACAGUUAGUUAACAUCUAACCCAAUUACUCCAUCUUUAAGGUUUUCAAAGAGCUGUUUUUGUUUUUGUGAGACAUAAGUCACGUCAGUGAUCAUGUAGAGAGCCAAUGUGCAUGAUGUACCAAUGUCGUAUUUCUGUAAUGUGUUCCUACUGUCUGUUGUACCAUAAAGUAACCAUACUUUAAAUGUUUACAUGGUAAAUGGAUAAACCAAGGUAUUCCAGUUGUACUAUGAUUGUACUGUGCUUGCCAACUCUUCCAGUUUUAUAAUCAGAACCAUUCAAAUGUUUCAGUUUCUAAAGGCCUAAAAAUAAGAAUGUUGUGGUUUAAGGAAGAAAAUCCCAAAUCAGAAAAAUGUCUCACACAGAGCAUAUCAUCUGGGAAGUUUGUUCGUUCUCAACAAAUGUAGAUUCCUCGAGUAUGGGUGGUCUUGAAUAUUAAACAAUAGUGAACAACAAUACAUGUACAUGUACUCCUUGGGACUAAGUGAAAUCACUGUCACAUGUAAAAACACACCAACACGUGAUUUGAUACAAACACCCAAUGACUGCUCUGGCUAUCAUUACACAUGUCCAGUUUCUUGGCCAGUCACUGAAAACACAUCUGUUGGCAUUUUUGUGUUUUCACUGUCUGGUUCGUUGACAAAGAGAUCCUGUUUCUAUCAUGUGUACAUUAGCAGCAAUGAGACAACAGUUUGCAUUCUAUUUCCUGAGUUUGCCAUGUUUAGAGGUGUGUUGUAAUAUGAUUCUCCUAUGUCGCUAUAAAAUGAACUGUGCUUAUCAUGCAUUUACCAUGUGAUUUUGAUUGGGAGUUUUUUAUCUCAGGCAUGCCAACUACACGGAUACAGUAAAGUGUUUCAGAAGUUGGGAGGCUCUUGUCCCAUGGGAUCUAAUGAGACGUGCCUUCAUACAGCUGAGUGCCUCCCCUGAAGCUUUUUUGACCUUGAGGUCACACUUUGCACGUAGCCAUGCUGUUAUCUGUAUCUGUCAGUACAUCUUAGGUAUUGGCGAUCGCCACUUGUCCAAUUUUCUGAUUAGCCUCAAGACAGGUGGCAUGAUCGGUAUUGAUUUUGGUCAUGCUUUUGGCUCAGCCACCCAGUUUCUGCCAGUACCCGAGUUGAUGCCUUUCCGGUUGACUCGUCAGAUAGUCAAUCUUAUGCUACCUUUCAAGAAAGAAGGGAUUCUUCAAAGUAGCAUGGUGCAUACCUUAAGAGCACUGAGACAGAAUCACGAGCUACUCAUAAAUACUAUGGAUGUCUUCAUCAAGGAACCAUCACUGGAUUGGAAGACCAAUGCUAGCAAGCAGGCUAAAGCUCAGAAGGAUGCUGGCCGUGUGCUUGAAGGACAGAGCGAUCCUGAUGGAAACAGCCUCGAUGAAUCAUGGUAUCCAAGAGAGAAAGUUAACUUUGCUCAGAAGAAACUAGAAGGAGCUAAUCCAUCUGAUAUCACUCAACGUGAGCUGGCUCUUGGCCAUAGCAGAAACCCAGCAUUCUCUGCCAUUAAAGAAGUUGUGAAAGGUGAUCGCAGCCAAAACAUCCGUGCUUCAUCUCCUAAAUCUGGUCUGAGUGUAGAGACACAGGUGGAAUGCCUAAUUGACCAAGCUACUGAUCCUAACAUACUUGGUCGUGUGUAUGCUGGUUGGGAAGCUUGGAUGUGAUCAAGUGUGAAACCUGAAUAGGCUUCUUAAAGUAGGUGAUGCAGUCAUUGAGGGCAUCAGGUCAGAAACUUGUCAGAGGAAGAAUUGACCUAGUAAGUAUCCCUGAGAGGGAACACUAGCAGUAAACUGUUAAGAUCAUUCAAGAGAAACUUUGAAUGACUAAUGAUCUUUACAUUUAGGCUUUAUUAUAAGAAAUUCCACUUGGGUGGGAGACCUCCCAGUUAUUAUUAGAGAUAAUUUCAUUAAAUGUAGGGAGAAUUCCAGAUAUGAACCUGUUCAUUACAGGUCAGUAUUCAGACGUAUAUAUGUACAUCUGAUAUAGCUUUUUAAUUAAAUAAUAAAUUUGUCAUAAUUUUGGAUGAAAGCAGGUACAGUUGGAUGAUUUCAGAUUGUGUAGUUAUUGUUUCUUUGUUGUUAGAACUACGUGAGCAAGCUAUUCAAGUGCUUUUAAAAUUUAGUGAUCAACUGAUUAUAAAUUACAGUAAUUAGCCAUUGUUUAGUGUUCAAGAAAGAAAACUUCUUUGAUGUAGGAAAACAUUUCAUCAGAACAAGUUCUUUAGUAAGAAUUACAAGAAUCAAUUGUUACUUUCCUUACAUGUUACUGCUUGAACUAUAUAAUUCUCCUUCAAAUUCUGGGACAUGUUGGUACAUGAUGUAUAUCUUCUUUUUUUUUUUCAAUUUGAAAUACAUGAGUAACUACUCUAGGAAACUAUUCAAGUGAUUUGGAAGUCAAGUGUAAGAAUGUAAUCACUUGAUGUACAAAUGUACAAUGUACGUGUAAUUAGAAACUUUAUAUUCAAGAAAGAAGGAAACUUUUUCAUCAAAACAAAUUCAACAAUAAAAGAACUAAUUCUAACAUUCCUUACACAUGAUUGCUUGAACAUUUUAGUUUUCCUUCAAACUCUGGUACAGUUGUAUCUUCCGUACUUCAAUUUAAAAGGAUGAGACAUAUUACAUUUUAACGUACCAAUUUCAAUGUGCCUACUCUGUGUUUUUGGUUAUUUCCCACAAAGCACAUGUAUGAUACCAGCAUUUCAAACCAGUCACUUUAUUUAGUUUCCGAAGGUAAAAUAUCCACAGCUCUAUAACUGGCAGUGUUUAUAGUGGUAUCAUAUUUUUAUUAGCAUUUAUGAUCACAAUAUACAUGUACUUGACUGCCCUGUAAAGCAUAGUCCCUUGUACAAAUUUGCCACAUACAUGUACAAUCAAAACAUGAAUGAUAAAAAUUUUAGUCUUAGAAUUAAUGAUCUGUCAGAAUUAUUGGUUCCAACUUGAAGAUGUUUUGAGUUUUGGUUCUAGUUACACAUACCGUUUGUCUUUGCCAGAUAUUUUCUCAAUGGCUAAUGUUAUGAUUUAAUGACUGCUGUUACCUUUAACAAACAGAUCAGAGAUUUUCGAUGAUACAAAUUGACGAAAUCCAUUUACGUAACAGGCUGAAAUGUUUAUUUUAAUCAAAUCAAGUACCUUCAGAAACAAACUAGAUAGCUGUAAUGCAUCAACUCUUUUUCAUCUACAUGUAGUUUUAAUAUUGUUGCUGUUCAUAUUUUCUUUUGGUUACAGACAUUUUACAUUUAGAGAAGUAUAGUUCUGGAAAUGAUUGAAAGGCAUAGUAAAAGUAAUCGGAAAAAGAUUCUUUACAAAUCCACUUGUGAGAGAAUCAAUGACUUGCCUUUGAGAAAUGGGAGUGAAAUAAAGGGCUGUGUAAGCAUCUACAAAAUAUUUAUCUAUUUGCAUUGUUAAAAUUGAUUCCCCGGCAGAGAUGCACAUUUACCAAUUUUGCAAGACAUCAGUGAGUCCUGCAUGUACAAUGUACCUAUCUAAUAAUACCAUUGGUUCAUUUGCUUGAAUUUGUGUUUCUUUAUCAGUUUGUCAAACAUGAUGUGCUGGUCUUGACAGUACUGUGCAGACCUCGUUAGAUUUGAUGUACGUAUGUUAGUACAAGCAUUAAAAAAUUCUACCAAAAGAGUUUUAAUCAAAA